AUGUCAACACAAUUAGAGCAAUGUCAAUUUUCGGAAUCAAUUUAGAAAUUGGAAUUAUUUAUUAGUUGUCGUUAAUUGGAUGACUUGGAUACAGUUAGUGUGAGUGAUCCAUUCGUGGUUCUUUAUUUAUUGAAUAGUUAAAAGAAAUGGCUUAAGAUUGGUUAAACGGAAUUAAUUUGGAAUAAUUUAAAUCCAAAUUUUGCUACUUCAUUUUAAAUUGAAUAUCAAUUUGAAGCACAAUAACACCUUAAGUUAGAAGUGCAUCAUUUUGUUAGUCAAACUCAAUCAAAAAUAAUAGGAAUUGCAGAAACUACUGUGGCAGAAAUAGCUGGAUCAAAAGACCAACUUUUGAUGGCAGAUCUAUUUAAUUCAUAAAAAAAAAAAAGUGGCAAGAUUAUAGUUAAGGCUGAUUAAGUCAAGCAAUGCAAUGAUGAAGUGGAAAUCACAGUUUCUGGUUAGAAUUUACCUGACACCAGAUUUUGGUUUUGGCAUGGAGCUAAUCCAUUCUUGAGAUUUUACAGAUUGAGAAAAGAUGAUACCAAUCCAGUUUUGGUUUAUGAAAGCGAAUUCAUAAAAGACUCCUCAAAUCCUACUUGGAAACCAAUCUCCUGUAGAGCAUAAAAACUGUGCAAUGGAGAUUAUUAAAUGCCCAUCAAAGUCGAACUUUGGGAUUAUAGAACCUCAGGAAAACAUCUAUAUUUGGGAGAAACUUCCUUUUGCAUUGAAGAACUCAGAGAUGCUUUCCUAUAGAAUAAACCCUUUUUAAAGGAAUUUAGAAAUAAGUAAAAGAACAAUUCCCCUGCAGGAACAAUAAACUUCGACAAUUUCAUUUUAAAAUAGAAACAUACUUUCUUAGAUUAUCGUCAAGGUGGCUAAUAAUUGAAUUUGAUACUCGCUAUUGAUUUUACAGCAUCGAAUGGUAACCCAAAAGAAAAGAAUUCAUUGCAUUAUAUGACAGAGAAUGGGAAUCCCAGUUAAUAUUUAUAAGCAAUCACAAGUGUAGUGGAAAUCUUAAUUAAUUACGAUUACGACAAGAAGGUGCCAGUGUAUGGUUUUGGAUGCAAGCCAAAAUUCAAUGUACUGAAUACAAAUCAAACGUUGCACAUCUUUCCUUUGAAUGACAACCCAGAUGAUCCAGAAGUGUAUGGAUUAGAUGGCAUAGUCUAAGUCUAUAAGAAUGCGGUUUAGAAGAUGCAAUUAGAUGGUCCAACAUACAUUCAUCCAGUGUUGGCAAAGGCUAUGGAGAUGGCUUAAGAAGUUAAGGAUAAAGGUAGUGAGAACUACUUGAUUUUAAUGAUUCUAACAGAUGGUCAAACUGAUGACUUACAAGCAUCGAUAGAUGAUGUUGUAGCAUCUUCUCAUUUACCAUUAUCUAUAAUCAUUGUAGGGAUAGGCAAUGCAGAUUUCAAGAAGAUGAACAUUCUUGACAAUGAUGACAAGAGCAUGGUAAAUAGCAAAGGGUUCAAGGCCAUAAGAGAUUUAGUGCAAUUUGUUCCAUUUAAUGAAUUCAAAAAUGAUCCAGCUCUUUUAUCUAAAGAAGUGUUGGCUGAAUUGCCAGAUUAAUUAGUAGAGUAUAUGGAAUUGAUGAAGAUUCCUCCAAAGCCUCCUUCAUAUCAAAAGAAUAACAUUCAAAUGUCAUAACCUAUGCAAAAUGUAUUUCCAUAACUCCAAGUUGAAUUGACAGACUAAUAGCAAUAACAGUAUAAAUCGAUGAUCCAAGACGUUUAAGCAAAUCAACAAUCAGUCAAGUUUGGAAUUGCCACUCAAGCCUUCGGAUAAGGGUUGGCUUAGUAAGGAUUUUUAAAUAAUUUUGUCAAACAAGCUCCUUCAUCAGAUCCUAACCCUUAAUAAUGAUAGCUUUUAUACAUUUAUAUAUAUUUAUACCUACACCUUUUGA